AUGUCUCAACAAAUAAGAAAAAGGAAUAAAAAGUCAAAUACACCUAUUGAAAAUUCAAAUAUAAUUGAUGAAUCAAUUUCUUUAAAAAAGAAAAUUACUACUAUUCAACAACAAUCUAAUGAUCCUGAAUAUAAAUAUCAUAUUGUUUUAGCAACAAUAACAGCAAUUGGAUUUUAUUUAAGAUUUAUAAAAUUAGGUACUCCAGAUCAAGUUGUAUUUGAUGAAGUUCAUUUUGGAAAAUUUGCUUCUUAUUAUUUAGAAAGAACUUAUUUUUUUGAUUUACAUCCUCCUUUUGCUAAAUUAUUAAUUGCAUUUGUUGGUUGGUUAAUUGGUUACAAUGGUAAAUUUAAAUUUGAUGCAAUUGGUGAUUCAUAUAUUGAAAAUAAUGUUCCUUAUAUUGCUUAUAGAGGUUUAUCUGCAAUUCAAGGUACUGCUAUUAUUCCAAUUAUGUUUUUAACUAUGAAAACUUUGGGAUUUCAAGUACAAGCUUGUUUAUUAGCAAGUUUAAUUGUUUGUUUUGAUAAUGCUCAAGUUGUUGAUAGUAGAUUAAUUUUAUUAGAUGCAACUUUAAUUUUAAGUGUUGCAUUAACAAUUUUCAGUUAUUGUAAAUUUUCAACUUUUAGAAAAGAACCAUUUAGUCAAAAAUGGUGGACUUGGUUAUUAGCAACAGGAGUUUCAUUAUCUUGUGUUAUUUCAACUAAAUAUGUUGGUGUUUUUACUUAUUUUACAAUUGGUAUUGCUGUUAUACAUGAAUUAUGGAUUUUAUUAGAUUAUAAAAAAGGUUUAACUUUACAAGAAUUUUCAAAACAUUUUUUAGCAAGAUUUUGGGCUUUAAUUGUUGUACCAUUUAUAAUUUAUUUAUUUUGGUUUUAUUUACAUUUUGCAAUUCUUAUAAAAUCUGGUCCAGGUGAUGCUUUUAUGUCAUCGGAAUUUCAAGAAACUUUAUUAGAAUCACCAUUAGCUCAAAAUUCAAAACAAGUUCAAUAUUAUGAUCAAAUUACAAUUCAACAUAAAGAUACUGGAGCAAAUUUACAUUCUCAUAGUCAUGUAUAUCCAUUACGUUAUGAAGAUGGUAGAAUUUCUUCAAAUCAACAACAAGUUACUUGUGUUGAUGUUGAAUUUCCAGAACAAGAUCCAAAUAAUCAAUGGGAAAUAGUACCAGUGAAAGCAGAUGAUGAUGGUAAAAAAGGAAAAGAUGUUUAUACAAAUGAUAUUGUUAGAUUUAAACAUGUUGGAACAGGUGGUUAUUUAUUAACUCAUGAUGUUGCAUCUCCAUUAAAACCAACAAAUGAAGAAUUUACUGUGGUGUUUGAUGAAAAAAUUGAAUCAAGGUAUAAUGAAACUUUAUUUAGAUUAAGAUUAAGUGUACCAGGCUCAUCACCCAAGAAACAAAACCAAAGAAGAAAAAUUAAAACUUUAGCAACUGAUUUAAGAAUUUUACAUAUGGAUACUGUUGUAGCUAUGUGGACUCAUGAUGAUGAAUUAUUACCAGAAUGGGCAUUUGGUCAACAAGAAGUUAGUGGAAAUAAAAAAAUUCAAGAUAAAGAUAAUGUAUGGACUUUUGGAAAAGUUACAAACCUUGAUAAAAAUGAUCAAAGAAGUAAAUAUAUUCCAAAAGAAGUUAAAACUAUGCCAUUUUUAAAAAAAUGGUGGCAAUUGCAAGGAUUAAUGUUUCAUCAUAAUAAUCAAUUAAGUUCAUCACAUCCAUUUGCUUCACAACCAGAUACUUGGCCAUUAGCAUUGAGUGGUGUUUCAUUUUAUAAUAAUAAUGAUACUAAAAAGCAAAUUUUCUUUAUUGGAAAUGUGAUUGGAUUUUGGUUGGAAGUAUGUUUCUUAUCAAUUUAUGUUGGAAUUGUAUUAGCUGAUCAAAUUACUCGUCGUAGAAAUUAUCAUUUGUUAAGUGAUAAAUCAAGAUCAAGAUUAUAUAAUACUUUAGGAUUUUUAUUUAUUGGAUGGAGCGCUCAUUAUUUCCCAUUUUAUUUAAUGAAUCGUCAAAAAUUUUUACAUCAUUAUUUACCUGCUCAUUUAAUAGCGGCUUUAUUUUCAGGUGGGUUAGCUGAAUUUAUAUGUUCAGAUAAUUCAAAAGAUUCAUUAAAUAUAAAUAAUAAAACUAAAAAGAUAAAAAUGACUAUUUUAGUAGCUAUUGCAUCAAUUGGUAUAAUUUGGUUUUUCUUUUAUUUUAAAGCUAUAACUUAUGGUGACGAAUUUUUAACUCCAGAGGAAGUCAAAGCCAGACAAUGGUUAGAUAUCAAAUUGCAUUACGCAAAAUAA